CAGAAUGAUAUUUAUCCACUAUAAAAAGUUAAUUUCCCUUUCACAUUUGAGGUGUGCAACUUGUGGAGAGAAUUGUUGAAUGGAAAAGCUGUGUGCUCAAGGGAAAAUCUGAUUGUUGGUGCUGUCGAAUCCUUUCCCACUGGAGAGGAUGAAAUAGAACGGAUUUCAUAUUGAUGUCCAGAGAGAUUGUUGAGUGGAUUUCGGCGGAAUCAUUUUGUAGUGUAUUUAUCUCGUAGUUGAUUUAGCUGCAGCUUAAUGGAGCAAACGAUUGUUGAAAAUGGAUUUCCAGAGAUUCACCUGCUUCCUGCUCGUGAAGAUGCAUAUGGGGGAGUUGUAGUGGAAAUGGAGAAGCCUAUGGACCCCAAUUCCUUUUGUAAAAUGCUAAGAGCUUCGCUUUUACAAUGGAAGCUGCAGGGCAAGAAGGGUGUGUGGAUCAAAUUACCAAUUCAACUUGCAAAUCUUGUUGAAAUUGCGGUCAAGGAAGGAUUUUGGUAUCAUCAUGCUGAGCCUCAUUACUUGAUGCUAGUAUACUGGAUUCCGGAAACUAACAAUGCCAUCCCUCCAAAUGCAACACACCGAGUUCGAAUUGGUGCCAUUGUCCUGAAUGAUAAAAGAGAGUUGCUUGUUGUUCGGGAAAAGUAUGGCAGGUUUCGGGAAAGAGGAAUUUGGAAAAUUCCGACCGGAAUAGUUGACCAGGGCGAGGAUAUUUCUGUAGGUGCAAAAAGAGAAGUACUUGAGGAAACAGGAAUUGAUACAGAAUUUAUGGAUGUUCUAGCAUUCAGACAAAUGCACAAGUACUUUUUCGAGAAGUCGGAUUUAUUCUUUCUUUGCAUGCUGCGACCUCUAACCUUUGACGUUAAAAAUCAAGAUUCGGAAAUUGCGGGAGCUCAGUGGAUGCCAAUUGAGGAAUAUGCUGCACAACCUUUGGCACAUGAAGAAUGGAUGUUCAAGGAUGUCAGUGAUUUAUGCUUAGCAAAGCUAGACAAGAAUUACAAUGGAUUAUCUCCAAUAACCUCAUUUUUCAAUGAUUUGGUAAGCUACCUUUAUGUCCACAAACAGGACUUGAACCUGUAAUGUUGUCAAAUAGUGGCAAUUAUUAGAGCAAGUCUGUAACUACAUUUGUUGGAUCUGUUUAUUAUUUGUAAUAUUUGUGUUUCUGCCAAGAAUGAUAAAUGUAUGGAACGUAAAAGUUCGACUUAAGAGUUGUAUAUGCCUGCUCUUGCUGUGUAUUUUAUGGUACAUCUUCGACAGAAUGUAGGUGAAUUUCGCCA